AUGCUUGCGACCAUUCCCGCUCUCUCCGCCGCCACAUGGCUCAUGCUCUUGGGCACGAGUUCGGCCAUGCCGGCGGGCGUUUUUGAGAGUACCGAGGCUUCCAUCACCGGUUCCUCUACCGCCACUGCCGUUGCGCCAGAUAUCACCGCCCUCACAGCAGUUUGGACCACUGUCAACGAUAGAGGCAGGCCUAUCACCGUUACCCCCGUGCUCACUACCAUCGACGGUACACCGACCGUGAUCUCUGCUGCCCCAGUCCCCACAUCCGACGACGAGAUCAUCAUCGACGAUGAGUUACCACCAUUCGAGAAGACCGGGAGCGGCGCCUUCGAGCAGUGUCAUAACAAAGAUGGUCCAUAUGCGCCUUUCUGCGAGCCUUCUCAUGGGCAAAACAUCUCUAUUAACACCGACCAGCACAUUACCUGGGACCCCGAAUAUUUCGGGCACAACACCUCCAUCAAGAUCGUCGCCUUCUACGACCAGAAGGGCACUGACCAAGCCUUUGCUACCGACUACAUGUCCUCCGGCUGGGGCUACUACGAGUGGAAUGUGAAGAAGAACCUCUUCUCUCCUAAGCAGUUCAAGAAGCAGCAUGCGCUCAACAUCACCAUUGGUUUCGGCGCCAAGAACCACAACGACCACCGAGUCCACUGGGUCCGUGGUCCCACUGUUACCAUUGUCCGUACCCGCCGCUUUCACGAGCACAAGAACGAGCUUCCUGAUGGUGCAGCUCUGUACAUUGGCAUUCCCGCCAUUGUCGGUUUCGUCCUACUCGUGUCAUGCGGUACCUGCCUGAUGAACAGGAAGCUAAGACGCAUUGGCGUUGGUAGCGUCAUGGGCCGUGGAAAGGGUUACAACCUCCUUGGUAAGAGCAAGAAGAAGGGUCUUUUCGGAAAGAAGAACAAGGAUGAAGGUAUCAGACUCAUGGGGCGUGACGAGUUUGAGGUGGAUGACCGAGAUUAUAGGGACACCCCUGACAUGGAGGACCGUUGGAACCGGUAAAGGGUUGGCUGAUUUUCUUUCAGAUGAGGAAAAGGCCGUUGGUCAUUCCGCUGACCUUUGGCCCUGAUUCCUCGGGACGG